GACUAAAUUGCAUGAUGUCAUAGCAACCGCAAUUUAAUCGAUUUUUAGAAAUUUUUUCAACGGUUAGGGUAGCUUUCAGUUUCUUGUCAUAUUUGACAAAUUUACCCAAUUCAUUUGAUCUCUGCUCUUGAAGAAAACACUCAUCAAAAUGCCUCCAAAGAAAAAGAGUGGCAAAGGAGGAGGGGGAAACAUAAUCGAUGGAGUGGAUACCACGUCUAUGACAAGAGAGCAGCUCGAAGCGUUCUGUUUGAGGAUAAAGGAAGAAAAUGAAAGAGAACGCGAAGAGCGGAAUUUCUUUCAAAUGGAAAGAGAUAAAAUCAGAACCUUCUGGGAGAUUACUAGAAACGAACUAGAAGAAUGUAAAGCAAAAUUAAGAAACAAAGACAGAGAGAUAGAAGAAUCCACGGAAAAAAACGACGAAGAAUUGAAAUUCUACAAACAAAAAGUGAAGCAUCUGCAAUUCGAACAUCAAAACAACUUGACUGAAGCCAAAGCGGAAGCUCUCGUGUCCCUGAAGAAUGCUCAGGAUGAACAUUCUCAACAAGAACGGGAAUUGUUGAGAGAUAAGAAAAACUUGAAAGCGCAUGCCAGAGAACAAGAAUUGUCUCACCAAGAUCAAGUCAAGUCUUUAAAAAUGCAACAUAGCGAAUCGCUGACGAAAGUCAAGAACGAGUUUGACACGAAAGCAAAAGAAAUGGAAAUCAAGUAUGAGAAAAAGUUCAACGAAUUGAGGACAGAACUCAAUGCAAAACAUGACAUGGAAAUAUCUGAGGUGGAAGAAAGAAAAAACCAACAUAUCGACCAGCUGAUAAAACACCACGAGCGAGCAUUCAACGAGAUGCGAAAUUAUUACAACGACAUAACCCUGAACAACCUGGCGUUGAUCAGCACCUUGAAAGAUCAGAUGGAAGUGCUCAGGAAACAGAACGAAAGGAUGACCAAGCAAUGCUUCGAUUUGACUCAGGAGAACAAAAAACUCACCAUACCGCUCAAGCAAGCCUUAGACGACGUGGCGGAGUAUAAAAGACAGUUACAGAAUUAUGAGAAGGAUAAGAUUUCACUCGCGAAUACCAAAGCACUUCUUCAGCAGAGAAAUAAAGAACUCGAUGAUCUUCGUUGGGCACACGAUUCUCUUGAACUGCAAUUUGCUUCUAUACAAGAAGAAAGAGAUGUCCUACACGACAGGUUUGUGAAAGCUGUGAUCGAAGUCCAGCAAAAAACUGGAGCAAAAAAUGUACUCUUGCAGAAACGCAUACAGACAUUGAGUCAAGUUGCUGAACAUAGAGAUGUCGUUAUAGGACAGCUGAAUGCGGCCCUGUCUGGGGCGCCGUCUCAGAGCAACAAGAAGUUAGAGGAAAUACUUUCGAAGAAAAACGCCACCAUAAGCGACCUGCAAUACGACCUGGCUCGAGUUUGCAAGGCGCACGAUGACCUUCUGGAAACGUUCCAAGAGAAGCUGGCCCAAUACGGCAUCCCACAAGAAGAUCUUGGUUUCACACCGUUGAAGAUCGUUCCAGACGGACAGUGUGGAUUGGCGAGAGGACCUGCCGGAUUGGUCAGCAAAAACCGAUGAAAAUUCAUCCCAUUAUAUUGUUUUUAUUAAUAAAGAGUGAACAAUAUGCCUUCAAUGUUUCAGUACCCAUUCCUGGGCGAUUCAUAUCGACAUGUUCAGGGUUUUCGAAAACAGCGCUGAUAAAAAAUUGAACCAAUCAAAAUUGUAAUUAGGUCCAAUGCAUAAACUAGUCAAG